AGAAGGUGUGAGUGUGAGAGAGAGAGAGAGAGAGAGAGGGGGGGACGGUGCUGGGGUGGCACGAGCCAGCUGCGAGGCCUGUAGCUCAGCCCCUCACACCCACCGACAAGAGGGAGAGGGGGGGCAAACGGCGCUGAGGGAGGGGGGUCCGACCCCGACCUGACCCCUCCCCCCCCCCCCCACACACCCCCCCCCCCCCCGACAUGUGAGAGGCGGAGGCGAGCAGGCACAGAGCGAGGGCACCAUGAAGAAGUUCAACAUCAGGAAGGUGCUGGACGGCCUGACGGCAGCGGCCGCCGCCUCGUCCUCCUCGUCGCAGCCCUGCCAGCGGCCGCCCGACAGCGACAUCGUCGAGACCCUGUGCUCCGAACACUUCCAGCUCUGCAAAACGGUUCGUCAUGGAUUUCCAUAUCAGCCUUCAGCCAUGGCUUUUGAUCCAGUGCAGAAAAUCCUGGCAAUUGGAACUCAGUCGGGAUCUUUGCGACUAUUUGGGAGACCAGGGGUGGAGUGUUACUGCCAACAUGACAGUGCUGCAGGAGUGAUUCAACUGCAAUUCUUGAUUAAUGAGGGAGCCCUUGUGAGUGCCUUGGCGGAUGAUACCUUGCAUCUCUGGAAUCUACGUCAGAAAAGGCCUGCCAUACUCCAUUCUCUUAAAUUCAACAAAGAAAGGAUAACAUUUUGCCAUCUGCCCUUCCAGAGUAAAUGGUUGUAUGUUGGCACAGAAAGAGGCAAUGUACAUAUUGUCAACGUGGAGUCUUUCACACUCUCAGGCUAUGUUAUUAUGUGGAAUAAAGCCAUUGAACUAUCAUCAAAAACUCACCCAGGAUUAAUUGUUCACAUCAGUGACAACCCUAUGGAUGAAGGCAAGCUGUUAAUUGGUUUCGAAUCCGGAACUCUGGUGUUGUGGGACCUUAAAUCAAAGAAAGGAGAGUACAGAUACAGCUACGAUGAGGCUAUUCAUUCCGUGGCUUGGCAUCAUGAAGGAAAACAGUUUGUUUGCAGCCAUUCAGAUGGUAGCCUUACUAUCUGGAAUGUAAAAUCUCCCAUCAAACCUGCACAAAUUAUUACACCACAUGGAAAGCUGCCAAAAGAUGGGAAGAAAGCAGAGCCUUGCAAACCCAUCCUCAAAGUGGAAUAUAGAACCUGUAAAUCUGGAGAUCCUUUCAUCAUUUUCUCAGGAGGUCUGUCCUAUGAUACAGUAGGCAGAAGACCAUGCUUGACGGUGAUGCAUGGGAAGACCACUGCAGUACUUGAGAUGGACUAUCCAAUUGUCGAUUUUCUCACCCUCUGUGAAACGCCAUAUCCUAGCGAUUUUCAGGAGCCUUAUGCGGUCGUUGUCCUUCUGGAAAAGGACUUGGUAGUUGUGGAUCUUGGACAAAAUGGUUAUCCUAUAUUUGAGAACCCAUACCCUUUGGAUAUACAUGAAUCACCUGUCACCUGUUGCGAGUAUUUUGCUGACUGCCCUGUGGAUUUAAUUCCUGCACUUUAUUCUGUUGGGGCAAAGCAGAAACGGCAAGGAUACAGUAAAAAGGAAUGGCCCAUCAAUGGAGGUAAUUGGGGUUUAGGCACGCAGAGCUACCCAGAGAUUAUUAUUACAGGGCAUGCAGAUGGAUCAUUGAAGUUCUGGGAUGCGUCAGCCAUAACAUUACAAGUUUUGUAUAAAAUGAAAACAUCCAAGGUAUUUGAAAAAUCUCGGAAUAAGGAGGAGAAACCAAACACAGACAUAGUGGAUGAAGACCCUUAUGCCAUUCAAAUAAUCACAUGGUGUCCUGAAAGCAGAAUGCUGUGCGUGGCAGGAGUAUCAGCACAUGUAAUCGUUUACAAAUUCAGCAGACAGGAAGUGACAACAGAGGCUAUUCAGAUGCUCGAAAUACGGUUGCUUUAUGAAAUAAAUGAUCUAGACUCACCAGAAACCGAUCAAAUACCUUCUUUGGGAGCACCAUGCCAGGGGCCAAAUUCUCAGACUGCAAAUUCUCAGUCUCAUCCCUCUACAAGCAGCAGCUCAUCUGAUGGUCUUCGUGAUAACGUGCCCUGUUUAAAAAUUAGAAGUACUCCAUUAAAACAAGGGGCAGGCUAUCAAGCUGAAGUGGUAAUUCAAUUGGUUUGGGUUAAUGGCGAACCUCCACAGCAGAUCAGCAGCCUGGCAGUGAAUUCAUCGUAUGGACUUUUGGUGUUUGGAAACUGUAAUGGCAUUGCAAUGGUUGAUUACAUUCAGAAAACUGUACUACUAAAUCUGGGUACGAUUGAACUAUAUGGAUCAAAUGAUCCUUAUCAGAGGCAACCAAAGUCCCCACGCAAAACACGACAAACUUCAGGAGGUCUCUGUGAUAUUAACGAGGGUUCAACAAAUCUAGAUGACCGCUGCAAGUCUCCCACAUCAGGUUCUACCUCUUCAUGCAAUUCUGAAGAUGAACAAAAAUUGCCUAACUUUAUAGAAAGGGUGAAAAUCAAAAGCAGAAAAUUAUCCAAGACCGUAGUAUCUGAUAUAGCGAAGAUGUCAAGAAAACUAAGCUUGCCGACUGAACUGAAGCCUGACUUGGAGCUUGCAUUUAGGUCAAAGACCAGAGACCAACGCCUUAAUCUCCUGCUUGAAGGAACAAAGCAGCUUAAAAAAAAUAUUUGGAGUAUGACUUCUCUAUGCACACAUUUUUUUAAUGUGAAAGACAACUCUUUCAGCCGUUCCCGGAGUUCAAGUGUUACCAGCAUCGACAAGGAGUCCCGAGAGGCAAUCACAGCUCUUCACUUCUGCGAGACGUACACCCGAAAGGCAGACACCUGUACAUCCCCAUGUUUAUGGGUUGGGACCACACUUGGCACUGUACUGGUCAUAGUACUGAAUCUGCCACCUGGAGGAGAUCAGAGACUUACUCAGCCGGUCAUAGUGUCUCCCAGUGGAACUAUAUUGAGACUAAAAGGUGCAAUUUUGAGAAUCGCGUUUCUGGACACCACCGGAAGCCUCAUCAAUCCAGCACAUGAACCCUGGAGAGAACCAAAUGUGCAAGAAGAGAAGGAUGACAAGGAUAAAUGUAGAAAACUGAGGCCAGUAUCUGUGUCUCCCUCAUCCUCUCAGGAGAUAAAUGAAACCCAGUACGCAGUGAUAUGUUCAGAAAAACAGGCAAAAGUUAUCUCAUUGCCAUCCCAAAACUGUAUUUAUAAACACAACAUAACUGAAACAUCAUUUGUUCUUCGUGCUGAUAUUGUGGGACUGAAUGGAAGCAUCUGCCUUGCAUGCUUCUGUGCAAAUGGACAUAUCAUGACAUUCAGCUUGCCAAGCCUUAGACCACUGCUAGAUGUCAAUUACUUACCACUGACGGAUAUGCGAAUAGCUCGUACUUUCUGUUUCACCAACAAUGGACAGGCUCUAUAUCUGGUUUCCCCUACCGAGAUCCAGCGCAUCACCUACAGUCAGAGCACAUGUGAAAAUUUACAGGAAAUGCUUGGCGAACUAUUCACUCCUGUGGAAACACCAGAAGCUCCAAACAGAGGAUUCUUUAAAGGCUUGUUUGGUGGUGGUGCACAGUCACUGGACAGAGAAGAACUUUUUGGUGAAUCUGCAGCAGGGAAACCUUCGAGGAGCCUAGCUCAGCAUAUCCCAGGGACUGGUGGAAUUGAAGGUGUUAAAGGAGCAGCAUCUGGUGUUGCAGGUGAGCUGGCACGGGCCAGGAUAGCACUUGAUGAAAGAGGACAAAAACUGAGUGAGUUGGAAGAACGAACAGCAGCCAUGUUAUACAGUGCUGACACUUUCUCUAAACAUGCUCAUGAGAUGAUGUUGAAGUGCAAAGAUAAGAAGUGGUACCAGUUCUGAUGACCUUGAUCUAUGCCACCAAACUAAUUAAGCUGGAAGGAGGUUAUCUACAGAUGAUUCUCCCUCUUCAUUUAUUUCUGCAGGACAGGAGGUUCAUCUUUGAGUACUGCUGAUUCCUAGCACAACUCAUAAACUUACCCUCAGUCACAUUGCUUUAAACUGAGGAGGAAACUGAAAACUUGCAACAUGAAGGUGUUUUCUACUGUAACUGUGGGUUGGUGCACAGUGUGGGACCUGAGCAGGGAACAAGGGACACAUGGGGCAGUGCUGGGUUUUCUGUGUUAUUUCACACGCCAAAUGUUUUGUGCUAUUGUCUCUGCCAGUGUUUCACCCAUGGAGCUAUAAAUGUAAUACUGCAUUCACUCCAGAUGCCAACAAAUGCAAAACAAGAGGAUAAAUACGUGUAGCAGAGUAUUGUCAUGAAAAUUCAAACAAUGAUCCAUUUCUGGCCCAAGACAUUAAUUUGCACCUUAUUGGUUUGUGUUCAUUGCUGGUCGGGUGAUGCUGGUUUGCAUCUGACGCUGAUUAGAAGAUGCAGGUUUGGAUCCAACUCCCUCUGGAUGAUACUUGUCUGUCUGAUGCUAGUUAGAUAUUGUGUAUGUCCGCUGGUUGGAUUCUGUCAGUUUACACCCGGUGCUAAUUGAAUGAUAUCAGAUUGUGGCUGUGCUGAUUGGGUGAAUGCUGGUUUAUGUCUGGCAGUAUUUGGAUGAUGAUUUACGUCCAGCGCUUGUUGGUUGAUUAUUGUUUUAUGUCCAGUGAUGAUUGACUGAUAUCAGUUUGUGUUCAACAUUGGUCAGUGUUGAUUUCUGACCCGUGAUGAUUGAUUGAUGUCGGUUUAUCCUCCAAUACUGGUUGGUGGAUGUUGAUUUCUUUCCACUGGUGAUUGGAUUAUGUCAGUUUGUGUAUAAUGCUGGUUGAAUGAAUAAUAUUUUGAUCUGCUUUUAUCCUCAACUAAAUUAUUAGUCAAUGUGGGUUCAUUUCAUGCCAGAUGCUGCCUGUAAUUUUACUCAUGCAGAAAGUAUUGUAAUUAGAUUUGUUACUUCUGUUAAUAUAAGUUUGUAUUUCCCCAUUUAUUAUAAAUAUUGCAAAUCCCAUCUAAACUUCAGUAAUGUCCUUUUAUAUUAAAAAAAAUCACUGCUUCAAUUGGGGUUUGAAUCCACAUAACCAUGAUGCAAAUAAAAUCUUAAUUUUCAUUAAUAGUAUUACGUUGCCAGAUUUUACUCCAGUUUGAAUACUAAUAUUUAUUGUACCCACUCCUGCAUUUAUUACUACUUAGGUUUUAUUGUAUGAAAUUACACCAUUUAGCUGAUUUAAGUCUACAGAAUACUUUGGGUGACCAUGCAAGUAUCUUCACUUGUUCACGGAACAAAUUCUGGUCAAUAGUAAGAACCAUUUUCAUAGCAAAAGUAUGGUUAGAAUCAAGAGGGAGAAAAUUGUAGAUGAAUGUAAUUAGGUGGGAGAAAGAAGUGGUUAGGUUUAACUGAGUGGAUGGCAAAUUAAUGGGACAUUAAAGUUCCUUUAGAAAAACACCUAUAAGCAAGGAAUAUAUGGAAGGUCUUACAUUAGGUCAGCUACCAACAUAAGUUGGUUCUGAUUAUUGUUUAUACCUUGCUUACAUUAUUGUUUAUUGUAGCAUUGUGCUGCAGUACAUGGAGAUCAUAUUUAGUGCAAUACUUUGAGAAUCCCAUGUUGGAAAUUAAAUUGAAUGAAUUUACCUGUGAAGUUGGUCACAGCUGUGUUUUACCUUUGUUUUUGUACAUACUGUAGAUUUAUAUAUUCACCUCCCCCACUUAUGGUCACUUUGCUUUGGCUUUGGUGUGUGACAUCUGCAGUCUUUCCCAUUCAUGAUCAUUGCACAUGUUUUUUCUUGGGUCUUGUGUGGGAAAUUGAAGGCUGAGAUUGUGGAGGAAUGCUGCUGACUCCAGGAGAAACAGCAUUUGGUUAACAAUGAAGCCUAGACUUCGAAUGUAAUAGUGUCCUACUGGUGCAUGUUGCCCAUGCGGUAAAACUGUUGCUCACAAACCUCAGCAACCACAGUGUCUGGAUCAACAUGGCAAAUCACUGCUUUCAAAAUGUAUUCUAUUAGAAAUUCAUGAGCAUUUGUUUCAAGACGAAAUUCUAGCCUUCAGUCAAUAUAAAAUAUUGAUCACUAUCAUUAUCUUCAGUGCAGAAAUGUUUACGUGUUGGGUUAACAUUUGUUGCCAAGCUUUUCAUUCAGUUUUUUUUGCAUUUAUUUUGGUGAUAAUUUUGAUCUUUGUUUUGUUUACAGUUUUUUUUUCAGUUCGUGUUUCAUUGAAAUCUGGAGCACCUCUUUUAAAGUGGCUGCUGCUUGGAUUUCUCCCCUAAUUAUGAAGGCACAAAGCUCCUACAUGGGGAGUUGUACAUACACAAGGGUCUUUAUCCUCUUGAUUAGCAUUUCAGGAUUUCUUUAAUGAAACUGAUUUCUUUUCAGCAUAUUUGAAAAUAUAUAAAUAUGAAGUAUAUGUGUUAAGAAAUAUAUUUCCUUAAACAUGUUUUCAGUGUAGGGUCUGUACUUCAUUUCCCUGAUCUUUUGAUGGAAGUGCACGAAAUUAACUGCUGUUUGUGUGUUACCCGUGAUGUGCAUCAAGUCUGAGUGUUCUGUUAAAUUAAAAGCUAAUGAAGUUGAAUUUGCCGAGUACUUCUGCCAAAUUGUAAUGUUUUUUUCCUGAAAAUUGUUUUUCUAAAAAAAAUUAAAAUAUCCAAUCCAGCUGACAAA